AUGAGGACCAACGGUGACGAUUUCGUGGAUCAAGUCAUCGAUGGACAAGAUACCGUACUUACCCAAGCUAGCUUCAACGACAGCGUUGUCGGACAAUGGGAUUCUUUGCUUGUUGACCUUACCGAAACCUCUCUUGUAGACCAAUUGUCUGACAGUAGAGUAGGAUGGGUAACCGUAAGCAACGUAUGGUUCAAUCAACUUCAACAAUUCAGAAGUAGCCUUGGUGACCUUGACGAAAGUACCAGAGUUGAUUUGGUUCAAUCUCAACAAUUGCAAAACCUUUCUUGGCUUUGGUGGGAUCUUGUUGAUACCCUUGAUUCUGACAACGAAGACCAACUUGGCUUCAGCUGGAACGUAGUAAGAAGAGUUAGCCUUAGCUUCUCUCUUAGCAUCGAUGACAGCUCUUUCAGCGGCUUCGUAUUCCUUUUGGUAAGCAGCGUUUCUUUCCAAAAUGGCAGCUCUCUUUUCCUUGUUAGCCUAAUUUCAAUUGAUUAUUAA